CACAAUAUUGAUUAUAAAACCCGCGGCAGCAGUACUGGACAUCAUUCUCGUGUCAGCACUAGAACAGCAGCAUCAUGUCUGUGAAGGCUAUCCUCGUCCUCUGCGCCCAGGCGCUAUUCGUCAAGUCUGCUCUCAGCCAGGCUUGUGGGUACGCUGCCCCCGUCCUAGCCACUCCUUGUGGACUGGCUGCUUCUGAGCUUGUCGCUCCUUGGGCUGGCCUUGGAGCUGCUGGUUUAGCCACUCCUUACGGUCUGGCUGGCAGAGGCCUGGCUUACGAUGCCCUCAUCGGUGGCGCCCCCGCCAUGGAGUUCAGCCCCACCAGUGGUGGUGGUCUGCCUGUGACCAGUGGCUCCGCCAUCGCUCCCGUCGGUAUCUCCGUGGUGGCAGACAAUGCUUAUGAGGGUAUCCUGCAAGUGAUUGGAGAGCUGCCGUUCGUGGGUACUGUCGCUAUGGAAGGAGCGUUGCCUACUGUGGGUGGUGGUGCCAUCAACCAUGCCUGUGGUAAUGGAGUGAAUGCCAUGGUCAGUGAGGCUGGGUUCGGUCCUGCUGCAGCUCUUGGAGUUGGUCCCUACGGAUCCUACGGCUUUCCUGCAGGAUGGUCCAAUGCUGUUGCUGCUACUCCAAUUGGAAACCCUGACCUUCUUGGUUAUCGCAGCGGUUGUGGCUGUGCCAACAACUUCGGUUACGUCAUCUAA